UGCAGGUCAGGCUGUGUUCGGUGCACUUGGAUUGCAUACGGGUCGCAGAGCACAGGAGCGACAGAUAUGGACAACGAAUCUAAUUACUCUGGAUACUCUUUUCAUUCCCGACAAGGACAUUCAAGGGAGAAAUCCCGCGAAGGACACAAGUCAGUCACGAUACAGACCCCUGCGGGUGAACCCCUACUGGGUGGGGGCGAGAAUGAAAAGGAUGACGAAAAUCAGGACGGACAGGAUGAUAACUGGGCUGAGACUACUACAGCAGUGACCUCAGAGCGCAGCACGUCGGUACAAGAUCUGACUCAGACAGAGCUCUACACGGUUACUGAGAGGACAAAGCCAAACAUACGGACUCUUUUGGGGUUCUAUGUCUUUUGUAUUCUAGGUGCGGUUGCACUCCUCACACCCCCUGCAUUUAUUACAAUCCCACAUAUUGUGUGGGGGCCUGAGAUGGAGCCAUGUGGAGUCAUUUGUGAGGGACUUUACAUCUCUGUGGCCUUUAAAAUGUUGCUGUUGAUCUUAGGAUCCUGGGCAGUUUUCCUGCGACGCCCAAGUAGUUCUCUCCCUCGUCUGGUGGAGUUCCAUGCUCUGCUUCUCCUGCUGCUCUUCCUGCUCCUUAUGUCCUACUGGCUGUUUUAUGGAGUACGGGUUCUUGGGGGGAAUGAAAAGAACUUGCUGGGUGUGGUGCAGUAUUCAGCUUCCUUGCUGGAUGCUCUUAUCUUCAUCCAUUACCUUGCAGUGGUUUUGCUGGAGCUCCGACAGCUGCAGCCCUUCUUCUUCCUUAAGGUCAUGCGAAGCAGUGAUGGGGAGUCCAGAUUCUACAGUCUUGGAAAACUCAGUAUACAGAGAGCGGCGCUGUUUGUUCUGGAGAAUUACCACAAGGACUUCCCUGUCUUUAAACCUUCAUAUCUGGCAGCCAAGAAACCGGCAAAGCAUUCUCAGAUCCUUGGUGUUAAAAUGUACAAUGUGGAUGGUCCAGAAGAAAGUACAGUCAGACAAUCUCAAUCUCUUAUCUCGACUUCAUCCAGUUACAAGGAGAGAUAUUAUGAAGAGGCUGAAUAUGCUCGCAAGGUCCGCAAACGUAAAGCCAGGUUGGUAAUCUCCAUAAAUGAAGCUUUCUGUCAGUUACAGCGUUUGUCUGAGCAAGAUAAAGAGGGGAAGAGUCCAUAUGUACUACACCCAAGAGAUGCUGCUCAGAGCGUAUUUCCACUGAUUGCUCAGAGUCUUCAGCGUUACCUGCGCACAACACGACAAGCUCACCUGCACAGCAUGGAAUCCAUCAUACAACAUCUAACGAUGUGCCUGACGCACAACAUGUCACCACAGGCCUUUCUGGAAGAAUAUUUGCAGCCAGGUCCUCUUGUUCAAUACCAGACGAUCCCCACAGGGGUCUGGACUUUGGUGAGCGAGGAACCAGUAACACGACCCAUACGAUCAAAUAUGACAUUCUGUCUGCAAUCCACAGACUCUAAUCUGGUGGUGACUGUGAGUGGGGUUCCCACGCUCAGACUAAAUGAAACAUUCAUCCCUCCAACCUCGCACCGCUUCACUGUUACGACUCCUGAUCUAAAUCUGUGAGCUCUGGUAGCCAGAGAACCUUAUUCUCUUUUAACGAUAAUGACACUGGCUCAGACAUAUCCCUGACUAUGAGAUCAAGAGCCAAAAUAACCCUGGCAGUGGAGAAAUCCGCAAAUACUACACGACAGGAACUGUUCCACGAUUGAGCAUGCCUUUGUAAUGGCAAUACAGUGAGAAGAAAUCUCGAUACUAAUUUCCAAAGGAAGGACCUUGAUAGACAUUAACAAUGGAUGAAUACUUGCAAAUCAUCCUUUGCUCCAAAUGUUGCGCAUACCAAUGUGAUAAGGAUUUAUAUGUUCAUUGUUUGUGACUGAUAUCAAUAUAUACAGCAUAUAUGCUAAUAUGUAACAGUGAGUAAAUAUUCCACUCAUAUAGUAUUAAAGUAACACACUGUGCUCCCCACUAAUCCACUAUAUAUCUGACUGGCUGUUCUAGGUCAGCGAUGAGGUAUGUCAGACUGGCUGUUCUAGGUCAGCGAUGAGGUAUGUCAGACUGGCUGUUCUAGGUCAGCGAUGAGGUAUGUCAGACUGGCUGUUCUAGGUCAGAGAUGAGGUAUGUCAGACUGGCUGUUCUAGGUCAGUGAUGAGGUAUGUCAGACUGGCUGUUCUAGGUCAGCGAUGAGGUAUGCCAGUUUGGCUGUUCUAGGUCAGUGAUGAGGUAUGCCAGUCUGGUUGUUCUAGAUGUCAGGCUGCCAGGUCAAUUACAGAUUCACUUUGAGACUUAGCG